UGGCCGGACGGGGGAAAACACUUUGGGAUUUGGGGAGAACAAAAGCUAGCUACACGAACAGAAGGAGCGACGCAAGUAACACCAAAGAGACGCGUACUUUUUUGUUUUAUGGAACUCAUAAUUAAAAAAAAUCUACAUUUCAAAAUUGUUUUGUUUUGUACAGUUGAUACAAAUUGAAGAAAAGAAAGUUGUGGGGUAGUUUUGAGCAGUAUAUCAACUGAAAUUGGCGACUGCGAAAUUAUUGUACCAAAACACCCGUGGUGCUCCAGAUAUCCCAGUGCGGACAUAAAAGCGACAAGGGGGCACAGUCGUUAUUGUUGUGGUUUUAUUGUGUCGCAAACUUCAGACAGAGAGAAGGGGGAGAGGGGAGAGAAAUACGCGGAUAAAGAAAAGCGAAAGUGCGAAACUAACCGCAUUUAUUGGUGUCGAGGUCUUGCUGCACCACAGUGCCUCCUGCUGUGGGGGAGGGGGAGCUGCAAGGCGAAGGCUGCAGGGGAAAGAGACGGCCAGCUCCCCGCUUCUGUCUUUCGUGGAGCGACUCGACCACAGAGCCCGCAGGGGCGCGCCCCAGGAGCAGUUGGGAGUGAAGGGUGGAGGGGCUGAGGAGGCCGAUGGCGACACACGGCGACCGUGACAGAGGAAGCAGGAUGGAGGCCGGGCAGCAGGCGUUCGUCAGGGAGGUGAGGAGAGACCCCUCCAGGAUCUCCUACAAACGGUCCCACUGCAGCAGCAACGGGAAGCCCGAGCAGGCGGCGGCGGACAGCGACGGCAGCGAGGGAGGCGGGCCCGCCAGCGCCGUGGUCAGCUUCAGCACCAACCACAACUCGGUGGUGUGCCUGCCGCUGGUGUCCGAGGGGCUGAAGCUGGUGUGGACGCAGUCCGACCAGACCCGGGAGCUGGACUGCAUCCCCGAGCUGGUGCAGGCCUUCAACGUCUUCCCCUACCCGACGUCGCGGGAGGUGGCGGCGCUGGCCCGCGGCUGCGCCCUGCCGCUGGACAAGGUCAAGGUGUGGUUCAUGGUGCAGCGCAUCAAGUACGGCAUCAGCUGGGCCUCGGAGGAGAUCGAGGAGACGCGCCGCAAGCUGGCGGGGCCGGAUCGCUGCGUCGGAGGCGAGCGGGAGGAGGAGGAGGAGAGGGGCGGGGAGCACGGGCGCGACGAGCUCGGGCCUGAGGACGAACAGGACGACAGCGACAGCGGCAUGGCGGAGAGGCCCCUGCCCAUCAAACGGCCCAAGCUGGAGGUCCCCGAGCCGCCCAGGCCACGCCCCGUCCCCCACUUCCGCUCCUCCCUGCCCCCGCCUCAGGACUCCUACUACUACCGCCCACCGGCGGACACCCUCAGCCCCCUGGAGGCGGCGCCCAGCUCCCAGCGGCGGCACGGCCGCUACAAGAAGUCGAAAGCCCAGCUGGCCGUCCUGCGGAGCAGCUUCCUGCGGGAGAACUGGCCGGCGGAGGCGGAGCUGCGCCGCCUGCAGGAGGAGACCGGCCUCAGCCGCAACGACAUCCGCAAGUGGUUCAGCGACAGCCGCUACCAGCUGCGCAACGGGCGGGGCGGUGUGGGCGUGGCGCAGCCCCUCUCCCCCUCCCGCGGGGGCAAGAACGGCCACCAGCUGCACCCUCUGCCCCUCAUCGCCCACGGGCCCCGGCACCAGCAGGGCGGGGCCGCCCGGGGUGGGGCGCGAGGCAGGGCCAUCCGCAGCAACGGGGCGGGGGACGACCGCUUCUUCGAAAACUUCCUCUCCAGCAGCCUGGAGGCAGUGAAGGAGGGACAGGCAGCCAGGGAGGAAGAGGAAAACGAGGAGGAGGAGGAAGAGGAAGUUCUGUCCUUUGAGCACACAGUAGAGGUGGAGGAGGAAGAGGAGGAGGAAGAGAAGGAGGAGGAGAGUGAGGAAGAGCAGCCUCUGCAGCUGAUCAGCACCCGCAGCGACCCAGAGACCCAGCACCCCCCGCUGGCCGCUGCUGCCGCCUCCUCCCCCUCCCCCUCGCCUGUCACGGCCGCCUCUCCCUCCCCCGCCUCUGCCGCCCUCCCCCACAAACGUGCCGCCGCGGGGGUCCCCUCCCAAAAACCUGCCCGCUCCUCCAAAGCCAGCCCCCCCCUCCUCUCCAGCCCUUCCCCCUCCGUGACCACCUCGUCCUCCUCCUCCUCCUCCUCGCCCGUGCUGACCGCCGCCGGCCGUCCGAGGAAGACCAAGGAGCAGCUGGACGUGCUGAAGCAGCACUUCCUGCGCUGCCAGUGGCCCAAGAGCGAGGACUACACGCGGCUGGUGGCGCUGACCGGCCUGCCCCGCGCCGACGUCAUCCAGUGGUUUGGCGACACGCGCUACGCGGUGAAGAACGGGCAGCUGCGCUGGGUGCGCGGCGUACGCGAGCAGUUCAUGGCUGAGCUGGCACAGCAGCGUGAGGGAGGCGGGGCCAACGGCGCCGGGGGCGGGGCCUCGCGGGGCGGAAGCCGCAGGCGCAAGCUCCAGGAGAACGGCGAGGCGGCGGACUCUCGCGAGCCCGGCAUCGCCGGGAACUCUGGGACGGAUGUCCAUCCUCUGGAGGUGUACCGCCGGCAGACGGGCGCUCUGCAGGAGAAAGACCUGGACGCCCUCUGCCGCAAGUCGCGGAUGAGCUACCAGCAGGUGCGGGACUGGUUUGCCAGCCAGGAGAGUGGGGCGUCGGACGUGGAGGUCAACGUCACCGACUGAGCGAGCGCUGCUGGGAGGGGCUGGGUGGAAACCGGGCUUUGUUAUUUUAGCUCCACUUUUAAUUUUCUCUGUACAUAUCUCCAUACGGACAAAGGACAGACCCAACCCUAUCAGCACACCAAUGUGACUUCCACCCCUCCAACACUGCAACCAUUGUGCGCAAAUGUGAGACUGACCGUCGGUGGACAUCUGCGCGUACGUGUGACGGGGCGAGUGUAGGUUUCAGUCUGUGUGUGUGUGCGAGUGUGUGAGAUGCUGAGCCGUGUCCGCCCAGCGUCUGAGGGGAGACGCUAACAGGUGUCGUGUCUCUUACCUGCGGCCUCCCCACCCCUCUGCCUCUGCUGAAAUCCUGAAGCAAGCUGCCGGGGCCCUGAAGGACGCCUCUGGCUGUGUACACUGGUCUACUGAAUGUGUCCCCUGUGUGUUUACUGUUCUCCCGUUUUGUUUGUAUAUAUUAUGUAGCGUUCUGAGUUCUGUUUGCGCCGGAGCCCAGUAUAAGUAGCAGAGCAGUAACUUUAAAAUGUAGAGAGAUUAUAACUUUUCCGUUUGUCCUCUUUAGGUACUUGAGCGUAGCUAGUUCACAGUACGGUGGAGAGAAGGAGGCUGACAGUGUUGGUGCCGGGCAGUUUUAGACUUUUCGUUGUAGAAUGAGGCAAGGGAGUUUAGCAGCUGUUUCUCCCAUUCACUGAAAGCCGGUCACCAACAGCGGACUUGUACCGUACAGCUCUGUGUAGACUGUUGCACUUGCAAUUUGGAGCCCUAUAUUUUAGAUGCCAUGUUGUUCAUUAAAUUCUUUUGUAACCUGAAUUCAAAUUUUUCUUUUUAUUUCUCCCCCAGCGUGUGUUAAGCCUUUAGUUUCAGGCUGGAGCUGCAGUGAAGUAACGCCUGCUGUGAACGCGCUCCUCAGCCCUGUGCGUUUCAGGGGUCAUGAACGCGCUCCUCAGCCCUGUGCGUUUCAGGGGUCAUGAACGCGCUCCUCAGCCCUGUGCGUUUCAGGGGUCAUGAACGCGCUCCUCAGCCCUGUGCGUUUCAGGGGUCAUGAACGCGCUCCUGUGCCUGUGCGUUUCAGGGGUUAGCUGGCGGCCUGUGCGUUUCAGGGGUUAGCUGGCCUGUGCAGACCCCUCACUGCUCCACACAAACAUACUGUCACAGUGUGCGUUACACAAAAUUGCUUCCCUCUGUUAUAAAAUGUGUGUCAUUUUAAAGGUCUUCCUGUCUGACCGGAUGCAUCACGUUAAACUUCUUCCUCGUCUGUCCUGGAUGUGUGUGACGUUUAUUGUCUUCCCUUCCUAGACAGAAUGAGUGUUACUUUAAAACUCUUCCCUCUGACAAUAUGUGUGUCACCCUAAAUGUUUUCCCCCACUCUGCACCAGUGUUGGUGGGCACAACUCUCUCUGGUAUAUUACCCAAACCCCCCUUUUGAGUUGUGGGGUUCUUGGUU